AUGCACUGCUGUCCUCUUAAAUCCCCGCUGAAGUCACUCCCUUCCUACAACCCAUCGCCUGCUACCUACACCACCACUGCUCCUUGCACCAGCACUGGGGACUCGACUCUAGGCUGUGACCUCACGUUCAUCUCACGCACCGAUCUGGUCGGCCACUUGCGAAUCCAACGCACAGAGCCCGGCGAACCAGUGUCAGGAACACUAACAUACAGUCACCGAACCCGCCUCGACCCUCUGCACUGUCCACACACCUUCAUAUACCGCACGAGCUCAUCAGACAACAUGCGCCUCCAUGAAAAAACCUGCGACAGAACACCGCUGCCUGUGCCUCAUCCCUCCUAA